GGCUGGUGUGUAAAGGCGGUCCUCCUCAGUCUUCACUCAGUCAUCUCUGUGAUCCGACUUGCUUCAGCCAGAUCGGCGCCAGGUCCACCAAGUCUUAACGAGUACCGCAGCUUUCCAGAAGUGUCAGACAUGGAAAGUAUCGGAGAGCGAGGCACCACGAUCCAGGAGUUCUACCGGGGCGCCAGUGUUCUGAUCACGGGUGAAACGGGGUUCAUGGGCAAAGUUCUGGUGGAGAAACUGCUCCGGUCGUGCCCGCAUCUCAGCAGCGUCUACCUCCUGGUCCGAAGCAAGAAAGGCAAGGACGCCGAAUCGCGUCUAGACGACUUGUUCAACGAUCCAUUGUUCGGAAAUCUGCAAGAUCAAAUGCCAAAGUUCCGGCACAAGGUGACAGCCAUAUCUGGGGACUGCAGUAUGCCCGGCUUGGGGCUGAUACCCUCGGAUCGCAACCUACUUACGGAAGAAGUAAGCUUCGUAUUCCACGGUGCAGCCACCGUGCGUUUCGACGAGAAGUUGCGCAUCGCCAUGGGUACCAACGUUGCGGGCACAGAGAACGUGUUGGAGCUGGCACACGACAUGAAGAAACUGAAGGCCGUAAUCCAUAUUUCGACAGCGUACUGUAACUGCCAUCUACAGGAGAUUCAGGAGAAAUUCUACAGCUACCCACUUACUUACCAAAAAUUAUCUGCUUUUAUGGAUGGAGUAAACGAUAAAAUGGUGGACGCAAUCACCCCACAUUUGCUGGGUGAGUGGCCUAAUACUUAUGCUUUCACGAAAGCAAUGGCUGAGGAUUUAGUUAGAGACAAAGGACUUGGCCUUCCCAUUGGAGUGUUCAGGCCAGCUAUAGUGGUGGCCACGCGCGAUGAGCCGGUGUCCGGCUGGAUCGACAACUUGUAUGGGCCGACUGGUGUGGUUGUGGGGGCUGCAACUGGCUUGAUCAAGACAUUGCAUGGGGACGCAGGCGUUAACGCUGACAUCGUUCCUGUCGACAUGGCUGUUAACGCCGUCAUAGUGUCUGCGUGGGAAGUUGCCAACAAACCAAGGGCCCACACUGCUGAUGAAAUCCCUCUUUAUAACUACGUAUCAUCGGUGCAGAAGCCCUUAACUUGGGGUCAGUUCAUGGACAAGGUUUCGCGAUAUGGGAUCCAUGUCCCUACUGUUAGGACCGUCUGGUGCUACUCAUUCACACUCAAUAAGCAUCGUUCUCUGCACCUGAUGUAUGUCCUCUUUCUGCAUUUCCUGCCAGCCUUCAUAAUAGAUGGGGUCACCAUGCUCUUCGGGAACAAGCCCAAGUUAGUAAAGAUCUACAAGAAGAUCAAUAAGUUCUGCAGUGUCUUAUCUUACUUUGGUAACCGUGAGUGGAAGUUCACAAACAACAAUAUCCAAGGACUGUGGGAGAAACUAAAUGAAAAUGACAAGAAAUUGUUUGACUUCGAUAUCGAUGGCCUUGACUGGGAUAAUUAUUUCUACAAGUAUGUCAGAGGAAUCAGGAUAUACCUGAUGAAGGACGACCUCUCCACAGUUCCACAGGGUCUCGCAAGACAAAAAAGGUACAUUAACAUUCUAUAAUGCAAUGUUCAGG